AUGAGCUACAGGUCAACUUCAAGUCCCUCACGCCCCUUCAUCCAGCUGCAUACACAGCUCACGCCUGCUCAAAUCCAACUCAUCCAGUCCCACGAAGAUUUCGGCGAAGUACGCGUCCCAGUCAGCGAACUCAAUCUCGCAAGUUUCCUCCGCAACCAGAUCGAUCUUGAGGCUCCAUCAAAAGACGCGCGGACGGUAUCAAAGCUCGUCGCCAGGCUUCGAGAUGCAAAGGCUGCCCACGAUGACGACAGUGACAGUGGCCACAGCGUUGUAGCCCAUAUCCUAAGCUUCACAGUUCUCGGUGAUCAAAGUGGGGAGCUGGUUCCAGAGGGCCGCAUGUUACUGUGGAAGUGGGAUAAACCUCAAAGCCAGUACCGGAAAACAGGCUCCUGGGGCCAUAGUUUGACAAAAGUCCUGGUCGAUGCCGAGUGGAACACUGGUAAAGAUGUCACGCUAUACGUGAAGGCUGUUGAAGAGGAAGAGUAUGAGAGGGUGUUGAAAGGCGAGACGAAGACAUAA